CCCACACCCACACUCACAUUACAAUAUAUCCAUCAAGUCAAAUCAACCAAUGGAAGAUCAGGUCGAUCUCUUCCUGCGUGACCCGCUGGCGUGGUCUUCUUUUUGGUACUUGGUCUUGGACCACGCCUUGUACUUGGGCCACGUCUUCCACCUCAGUCUUCUCCUCCGGAAACCAGUCUUGGACCUCGGUCUUCUCAUCUGCGUAAAGCCAGUCGACCUCGGUCUUGUCUUCAACCUGAACUGUCGAGCUUACUUAAAUCAACUUCAACCAGGUCAAGACUUGCAAUCCAACUGUCGAAAGCAUCGGCGAAGUCGCAUUGAACUCUGCAGUCACGCGUGUCCCACAUCAACAGAGGCGUGCUGCGCGCGAAACUGUGUGCUAGGUCGAUCAGUGUCUUCUACAGUUGAGCGUGGAAUCUCAGUUCUAUUGUACCCUUUUCUUUCGAUGGCACAUAGUCUUACUGCUUCCUGGAUCCUCUCACUCUCCUUGUACCAUUUAGCCUUUUUUGCUUUUAGGCCCGCAAAUUGUUCUUCUAGUUCUUGUAUUACUUGCAGAAGCUCUAGGGUUUUUAAAAUAAUAGAGGUCUCGGCUGAUGGCUCGUAUUCUUUUCCCAGUUGCUUUGCAUCAUAGAUUUUGAUAGGGUGCGCGAAUUUUUACGUACUUCCAUUUUCGGCGAUUGCAGGUAAAGCAGUCGCUCUGGCAGGAAAACCGGUCUCUUUUUUCUGAGCGCGUUCCUUGACUACUUACACUCACUAGUCAUACAAUCAUACUAACACCAAUUUUUA